AUGACGGUCGACCUGAACGUGCCCUACUCGGCGUGCGAGCUGAAGAGGGUGAAACGCCUCGAGUUGGGUGUGCUGGAUCCAGAAAUUAUAAAAAAAAUAGGCGUGUGCGAAAUUGUAAAUGUAGAUCUAUACAAAGAUGGACUUCCAAGGGAAGGAGGUCUAAACGAUAUCCGAAUGGGAACCAUAGACUACAAAACGUUGUGUGGGACAUGUAACAUGAACGUGAAGUAUUGCCCUGGCCACUUUGGCUACAUCGAACUAGCCAAACCUAUGUACCACUACGGAUUUAUGAAUGUCGUAUUGAAUGUAUUAAGAUGUGUAUGCUACCACUGUGGAAGGCUAUUGUGUAAUACGACUAACUCCAAAGUGAAAUACAUUGAAAAAAUUAAGGUAAAUAGUUUGAGACUGAAGAGAUUGUCAGAGGUAUGUCAAGGAAUCAAAGUAUGUGAUCACUCCUCUCCACAAGAAGAAGAUACUCUACAUCUGAAUGACAAUUCACUGGAUAAUUUUUACAAUAACAAUUUGAGUAACUUAAAUAUGAAUCAACAAAUGCUUUUAAACCCUAACAGCUACAGUAAUAUCUUCGAAAUGGUUAAUAAAGAAGACGUAGACUGUGGUUGUGUACAGCCCAAAUACUCAAGGGAAGGACCAAAUAUGUUUAUUCAGUUUUUACAUUCUAGUGAUGAAGACAUAGAUGAGAGUAAAAGAAAAUUAAGUGCAGAAGAAGCGCUAGAAAUUUUGAAGAAAAUUAGGAAAGAAGAAAUGCCUAUUCUUGGAUUCAAUUCGGAUAGAUGUAUUCCUGCAUCGUUAAUUUUAACAUUUAUUCCUAUCCCUCCUCCUUGUGCUAGACCAUAUGUACAGUAUGGUAACCAGAGGAGUGAGGACGACUUGACAUUGAAACUGCUAGACAUUGUAAAAACGAACAUACAGUUGAAGAGACAAACAGAUAGGGGGGCUAAAUCUCACGUGCUGCAGGAUCUGUGUGCUCUCUUACAGUUUCACAUUACCACCUUGUUUGAUAAUGACAUUCCUGGAAUGCCCAUAGCGACCACACGUUCGAAGAAACCAAUUAAAGCCAUACGGACCAGGUUGAAGGGGAAGGAAGGGAGGCUCCGAGGAAAUUUAAUGGGAAAACGUGUCGACUUCUCAGCCAGAACAGUAAUUACAGGAGAUCCAAAUUUAAAUAUUGACUACAUAGGAGUACCCAAAUCAGUCGCCAUGACGUUAACAUUCUGCGAAACUGUGACUCCACUUAAUUACGAUGAUUUGAAGAAACUCGUGGAAAGAGGUCCAUACGAAUGGCCAGGAGCGAAAUAUAUCAUCAGGGACAACGGAACCAAGUAUGACCUUAGACAUGUAAGAAAAAAUUCAGAGAGAGAAUUAGAAUAUGGUUACAAAGUAGAACGACACAUGACAGAUGAAGAUUAUAUCCUCUUUAAUCGACAACCGUCUCUUCACAAAAUGAGUAUUAUGGGACAUAAGGCGAAAAUAUUGCCAUACUCUACGUUCAGGCUAAACUUAGCUGUUACUUCUCCGUACAAUGCCGAUUUUGAUGGGGACGAAAUGAAUUUGCACCUUGCACAGUCUCAUGAGACUAGGUCAGAAAUUAAGCACCUCAUGAUUGUGCAGAAGCAGAUCGUCUCUCCGCAGGGUAACAAACCCGUUAUGGGAAUUGUGCAGGACUCCCUCUUGGCCAUAAGAAAAUUUACAAGGCGAGAUAACUUCCUCACAAAGGAAGAAGUAAUGUCUUUGCUCAUUUGGAUCCCCUACUGGAAUCAUGUGAUACCUACUCCAGCCAUUAUGAAGCCGAAGGCCCUUUGGACAGGAAAGCAAAUUUUCUCGAUGCUUCUCCAAUUUGAAGAUUUAGAAAGGCUCAACGAUCCAUUAGGAAAUGCCAAAAUGAUGGGAGCUACCCAUGGGAGCGGAUUCAGAAUAGAAGACGAAAUGGGUCGAGGCAACAACAGUAGUGGUGCACAACUACAUCCACAUAGCCCCUUAGCCAUUGGAGACACCAUAAACAGUAAUGUAAAAAAUCAACCCAUUGGAAAUGAAGGAACCGGAACGAAUAAUGCAGAUGGUACAUUAAAAGGAGGAGUAAGCGGAUGGGGGAGGAAUGUAAAAAUUAAUUUGAUGAGAGAUUCCUCUACCUCGUGUAAGGAUGACAAUCCGUACUGCUCCGUCAACGAUGGAAAGGUGAUCAUAAAAAAUAACGAACUUUUAUGUGGAAUCAUAUGCAAACGUACAGUGGGUUCUUCUAGCGGAUCGUUGAUUCAUAUUUUGUGGCACGAAAUGGGUCCAGAUAAAACCAAAGAUUUCAUUUCCGCCCUGCAGAAGGUUACUAACAAUUGGUUAGAAUACAUCGGAUUCACAGUGAGCUGCUCUGAUAUUAUAGCUAGCAAUAAGGUCCUCGAUAAGGUAAAAGAUAUUCUAAGUAAGUCCAAAAAGGAGGUGUCCAAAAUUGUGAAGAAAGCACAGAGAGGAGAGUUGGAAUGUCAACCGGGUAAGUCCCUCUAUGAAUCAUUCGAAACGAGAGUAAAUAACGAACUAAAUUGUGCUCGUGAAAUGGCAGGAAAAGUAGCCUCAGAAAGCUUAGAUGAAAGAAAUAAUAUCUUCAGUAUGGUGGCUAGUGGCUCCAAGGGAUCCAUUAUCAAUAUUUCUCAAAUUAUAUCGUGUGUUGGUCAACAAAAUGUGGAAGGAAAGAGAAUUCCCUUUGGAUUUAAUCACAGAUCCUUACCCCAUUUUAUUAAAUUUGAUUAUGGUCCAGAAAGUAGAGGUUUUGUUUCUAAUUCGUAUUUAAGUGGACUCACUCCACAGGAGGUCUUCUUUCAUGCCAUGGGAGGAAGAGAAGGUAUUAUCGACACAGCAUGUAAGACGUCCGAAACGGGGUACAUACAAAGGAGACUAAUCAAAGCCAUGGAAGACGUGAUGGUGCAGUACGAUCGAACUGUUAGGAACUCCUAUGGAGAUAUUAUUCAGUUUCUCUAUGGGGAGGAUGGAAUGGCUGGAGAGUAUAUAGAAGAUCAAAUUAUUGAUCUGAUGAAACUAGACAAUAAGGAAGUGAAAAAAUUAUACAAGUACAACUUUGACGAUGAUGAGGAUGACGAUCAUAACGAUAGUUACGGGAAGGACUUCUACCUGGACAGUGGACAAAACAGGAAGAGCUCCUACAUUGAUUACAACAAGCAGAAUGUACUAAAUCAGGAAUUUGAAGAGCUACUAAAGUGUAAAAAUAACAUUUGCAAGGAAAUAUUCCCUGAUGGAGAUGUAAGGCAGCACUUACCCAUCAACAUGAAUCGACUUAUCGAAUUCGCCAAAUCACAGUUCCCCUUUGUUCCUGUUAUCGGUAGCAAAGUGAAGGAUCCCAUUAGUGCUAAUAGGAUGAGGCCUAAGAUGAGCAGCACAAAGAGGAGGUCCAAAAAGGGGAAGAAGACCCGGUCACGGGAUAGGACAAAAGCGGCUGCUAACGCGGCGUUGGAAGACCCGAAUGACGAACUGCAGAAUAGCGAGUUCAUGUCGGAGAUCAAGAAGGAGUACGAAACGAACGAUCUCGCCAACGCCAUGAAGGGCCAGGGCGCGUACAGCGGCUUCGAGCCCUUCGACGAGGACCUCGCGGAAGGGGAGCAUCGCGACGAGGGAAGCGGUGACGAGGGAAGUGGCGACGAGGGAAGCGGCGACGAGGGAAGCGGCGAAGGAAGCGGCGAAGGAAGCGGCGAAAGUGGCGGCGAGAGCGACGGGGAAAGCCACGGAGAGGACCAGUCCUUCGUCAACCCCGUAGACAUCGUGCACAAAGUCAACCGCUUUCUAGAAAAGCUUGUCAUUAUCAAACAAAUCAACAGCAACGAUACCCUCUCGCUGGAGGCCCAGAACAACGCCACGGUGCUACUGAAAGCACAUUUGAGAACCUACUUAAAUUCGAAGCUCCUGACUCAGACUCAUAAGAUCAGUAUGAAAGGAAUCGAUUGGCUUCUGCAAGAAAUUGAAAAGAAUUUCUACAAGUCAUUGUGUCACCCUGGAGAAUGUGUAGGCGCCUUGGCAGCGCAGUCAAUUGGAGAACCCGCAACGCAGAUGACGCUGAAUACAUUUCACUUCGCAGGAGUGGGAUCCAAAAACGUAACGUUAGGUGUGCCAAGAUUGAAGGAGUUAAUUAACAUUGUGAAGAAUGUAAAGACUCCAUCUACGACCAUUUAUCUUGACGACGUCGUGUCCAAUGAUCAGCAAAAGGCGAAAGAUAUUUUAACCAAACUAGAGUACACAACAUUGAAGCAACUAACAUCACAUGCUCAAAUUAUUUACGACCCCAAUACUACAACUACUAUUUUAGAAGAAGAUAAAAUGUGGGUCGACGAGUUUUAUGAAUUUCCAGAUGAAGAUGACACACAGUAUACUUUAGGAGAAUGGGUUCUACGGAUUCAGCUAACCAAUAUUCAUGUGAAUGAAAAAAAGCUAACUAUGAAGGAAAUUGUCUACAUUAUUUAUUCAGUCUUCUCCAGUGACGAGUUAGACAUCAUCUACACGGAUGAUAAUUCGGAAGACCUAAUUUUAAGAAUUAGGGUUAAAUACCUAAAUGGGGAAUACAACUUUCUUAAUGAUGAUGCAGACCAGGCACAGGAGGAUGAAUACGAAGAGGAGGAAGAGGAGGAGGAAAAAUACAACAAUAUUGGGAACACCUUCAAGACGAAGAAGAAUGUUGAGGCGGAUGGAAAUGACGGGACACAGAAUAAGAAAAAUGAUAUAGAGGACAACCAAAGCGUCAGCAGCAACCGCUCGAGGCAAAACAGCAUAAACAGUGAGAACCGAUUUGGUAGCGCGAGUGGCAGUGCGAGUGGCACGGACAUUGAGGAUGGUGAUGGAAAGGGGAACCACAAUAGGGACGAAGCAGCAGCGAAGGAUAAAACGAGUAAGGGAAAAAACGUGGCGAAAGUGAAAAAACUGAAGGAGGAAGGUGCCAACCGAACGGAUAGCAACUAUGCUGAGGGGUACGAAGAAACGGAUUUGUUCGCCAAAGGGGAAGGCAAAAAUGGAGAAAGUGGAGGCGCAGGUGGAGGCGGAAGUGCAGGCGGAAGUGGAGUCGGAGUCGGAAGUGGAAUCGGCAUCGGAAGUGGAAGGGGAUCCGGCACAGCAGAGGACAUGUUCGGGAAGUCCAACCUAAAAAACGCAGAAGAAGAUGCACACGCCGCGAAGGGGAGAAGCAGCAUCAGUGGCACCAACGCAGGUGGAGGGACCACCAGCGGAAACGCCCCCAGUGGAAAUAAUACAAGCAGUCAAGAUAUGAAUACCAUGCGGAACAUAAAUAAUUUGAGCAACCCGAUUUACAUGAAGGAAGAUACAGAGGAUACCUUUUUAAAAAAGCUGAUGGAGCAAUGUCUGUCGACAUUAAAGUUAAGGGGAAUAGAAAAUAUUACCAAAGUGUAUAUGAGAGAAGAGUCUAAAAUAACGUACGACUCAAACAAUGGCAAAUUUGUGAGGAGUUCCCAUUGGGUCUUGGACACAGAUGGAUGUAACCUAGAGCAUAUCUUCUGUGCUUCUCAUGUGGAUUAUAAAAAGACCAUUUCGAAUGACAUAGUGGAAAUAUUUGAAGUUUUAGGAAUCGAGGCAGUGAGAAGAGCUCUCCUAAAGGAAUUGAGGACUGUUAUUUCUUUUGAUAGCUCAUAUGUUAACUACAGGCAUCUGUCCAUCCUAUGUGACGUCAUGACUCAGAGAGGUUACCUAAUGUCUAUAACGAGACAUGGAAUCAAUCGAGUGGAUAGAGGCCCACUAGUCAAGUGCAGCUUUGAAGAAACGGUGGAAAUACUCCUAGAAGCAGCUGCCUUUGCUCAGGUGGAUAAUCUCAAAGGAAUAACGGAGAAUAUCAUGCUGGGCCAAUUAUGCAAAAUAGGCACCGGCGUUUUUGAUAUCAUUAUAGAUAACCAAAAGCUCAGCGAUGCGAAUCAGAAUUUAGAGACCAUGAUGGAUAUUACCAGUGCUGGAUUUACUACUCCAGAUAGUCACCAUGGAAUCACCCCGGAUGGGCUACAAUCUCCAGUAGCAAUCAACACGCUAAAUUCCCCUCUGCCGUUUUCUCCAACGUAUAAUGUUAAUUUGCUGUCCCCCACAGUUCCCAUCGACAGUGUCAACGGUAUUUUAUCUCCCCAGUGUCUGCAGAAUUAUGGAGAUGGAAGUAGUGGAGGUGAAAAUAUUAUGUCCCCAUCCAAAAAUGACUUUAACAAUUUAGACACGUUAAAAUUGGGUGGGAAAUUCUCUCCUACGCAAUCACCAAGGUCACCCACAUCAGUUAUCCACUCUCCCUUCUCUCCUUUUGAUAAUCACAACCAACAAGCACUCGAUCCCAGCAUGUUAUUCUCUCCAAAGAAUAACAACACCUCCAACAGCAAUAGUAUGACCAUGAUGAAUUACAAUGUGUUUUCCCCGAAAGCAAAUUUGAAUAGCAUACAAUCUCCUGCCAUGUUGUAUUCUCCUAAUCGCGCCCUAGAUAUAUUUUCCCCCAAGCAACAGACACAGAAUAAUAUUUACUCUCCUUCCUACUCCCCCACUUCCCCCACUUAUCACUUGUCCAACAAUGCGAACGCUGGUGGCUCCUCCGGUUUGAAUGACACAAAGGCUUUUUACUCUCCGACUUCUCCAAAAAAUCAACUGAGCGAGAUGAACCCCAAUAUGAUGAAGUACCACAGUGUCUCGCCCGUGCAGGUCAAGCAACACAUCCAGGACGUCAGCGUCUUUUCGCCCAUCCAGCAGGCCAAUGCCGAGGGGGCGCAGAACGACGACCCCUUCUCCCCGAUGCCCUACAACAUGGAGGAGGACGAAAUGGAGCAGUGA